GUGGCUUCAUUCAGGGAGGAAGUUUGUCAGAGCGAGGAGAAGAAGAUGGCGAACGUUUGUUUAUUGGUUUUCACAGCUGGUUUGCUGCUCAGCAGUGGGAUGGGAGCCGGAGAGUCAGGGUCUGUGUUUCUAUCUCAGCGGUCUGCGUUGGAAGUGCUGAGCAGACGGAGGCGCUUCAACACGGGGGGCCUGGAGGAGAUGCGGAAGGACAACCUUGAGAGAGAGUGCAGGGAGGAGCGCUGCGACCUGGAGGAGGCCCGCGAGGUCUUCGAGAACACCGAGCAAACAAGGGAAUUCUGGGGCGCUUAUACUGAUGGGGACCAGUGCGAGUCUUCACCCUGUCAGAACGGGGCCCGAUGUACAGAUGCCAUGAGCGCCUACGUCUGCUGGUGUCAGCCCGGAUACAACGGCAAGAACUGUGAGAUAGAGAUUGCCAGGCAGUGUGACAGGAACAACGGCGGCUGCUCUCACUUCUGCGUCCUGGAUGCUUUCAAGCAGGCCGUGUGUGAGUGCGCAGAAGGAUGGAAGCUGGCUCAGGACAAGAGGAGCUGUGAACCUCAAGGUGAAUACCCGUGUGGUCGUCUUGGCAAGGCAGUGACGUCAAUGCUGUCCUCCAGGUCCAUCAUAACAGCAACAGACAGACACCAGGAGAGAAGCGCAGACUUCAACAUGACGGCAACACCAGAGUCUUCCUCUGAUAAUCUGACCUCUGAAGAAUCAGGGCCAGAGGCAAACAGCACCACAGCGCUCCCUGCUGUCGCGCCAGGGGUGGGGGACCUCUCGGACUGGGACUUCUACCCCACCCUGCCCACCAUCCUGGAGAAAACGUCCUCCGACCAGCGCAUCGUGGGGGGCAACGACGUCAUACCAGGGGAGGUGCCCUGGCAGGUGUCUCUAAUUAACCGGGCUACACGUCAGAGCUUCUGUGGUGGUGCCCUGAUCAGCGAGGUCUGGGUGAUCACUGCUGCCCACUGUCUAAAGGAAGGACAUGUAGGAAUGUUCUUUGUCAGAGCCGGGGAGCACAACCUGUAUGUGGAGGAGGGGACGGAGAGCGACCACAGCGUGUCGGAGCACCACAUCCACCCUCGCUACGAGGCCAAGCGGAGCAAGUACAACCACGACAUCGCCCUGCUGCGCCUGCAGACGCCCGUGGUCCCGUCCGACCAGCGCCUGGCCCUCUGCCUGGGGCCUCGCGACUUCACCGAGACCCUGCUGCGAGACGCCCCGGGCUCGCUGGUCAGUGGCUGGGGUGCUCUGCGCUUCCAGGGGCCCCAGCCGUCCAUCCUCCAGAAGGUGGAGGUGCCGUACGUGGACAGGACACGCUGCAAGAGCAGCAGCGCCGAGCGCGUCUCGCGCUUCAUGUUCUGCGCCGGUUACCACGGCGAGCAGAAGGACUCGUGCCAGGGAGACAGCGGGGGGCCCCACGCCACGCGUUUCCACGGCACCUGGUUCCUGACGGGCAUCGUGAGCUGGGGCGAGGAGUGCGCCAAGCACGCGAAGUACGGCAUCUACACGCGCGUGUCGCGCUACUUCCCCUGGAUCACCAACGUCACCGGGAUUGGAACCGACAACUCUGAGAGUGACUCAGAGGUCUAGGCAGGUGAUCCCACCGUCUAUCGCUGGCCGUCCAUCUGUCGACAGCACGUCCAUCUGUCUGUCCCCCACCUUAGAUGGUCUGUCACCUGUAGGUCUACGGUAAGACAGGGCUUUACUUCACCUCCCUACAGUUCAUCUGUGGUAGCGCAGUCUGCUCUGACCUCUGACCCCUCAUCCUCAUUCAUGUCUCAGAAGCAGCUUACGGAGCGUGUAAAUGACAUAGCUUCUGAGGCCUCAUGGGAUUAAAGAGAAUCUGGUAGAGAUGUGUCAU